AUGAAACCUCAAUACAAGACUGGGAUCUCGAAGAAGAUCACUGUUGUCAAGGUGUUCGGACCAGUUGAAAAUAAGAGCUUCAUCAAUGCUCGUUUCAAGAUUUCUCUAUUGCAUCAACUUCUGAAAGAUAAACAAAAAUUUGAGCCUAUUAUUGCACAUAUGAAACAAAUAUUGGUCUUAUACAUCCAUGAGGUUAGCAAGGUGGACGUCGAAAUUGCAUAUGUACUUCACAAGAAACCUACAGUACUUCCCAAGGAACCUUCGAAGGAUCUUGAAAAGAUGAAACUGGGAAGAAUACGAAAGGAUGAUCGGAGUAUGGCUUUUCAACUAUGA